AUGCCACCAAUUGAUUAUACACAUCUUGAUUGCAGUUCGAAGAAGAGGAAGAAAGAAGAAGGAGAAGCAAAGAAGAAAGAGAAGCAAAGAAUUGGGAGAAGAAAAACAAGAAGAAGAAGAAGAAAAAUUAUAAGACAAGAAAAAAACGCUGUGAAAAGACAAGAAGCUAUCAUGUUACAGAAUCGACGUUUUGUUGUUAUGUUCAAAUUAUUUUUGAUUAUGCCAAUGACCAUUGCUACAAGUAAAACUGGCAGCGUGGUUAACGCAAGACACACGAAAUGCGGAACAGGGACAUUUAGAAUUGCUGGUAUUAUGAAAAUAACCAACUCAGAUGGUAAGAUAAACCAUCAGUCCGGAAUAAUGAUGGCCUUAGCAAUGAAAUAUGCUGUGGAAACCUUUAACCAAUCAUAUAAUUUGCAUGGAUACAAUCUUGGCCAUGAGAUCUAUGACUACAAGACCGAAUUGGAUGUGGAAACUGGCGUAUUGAAUGUCUUUCUCGACGAAAUUCCUUUUCUUAUUGGACCAUACUCAUCUCAAACUUCUCACACUGCAAGAACACUGACUGGAAAUUACCAUUUACUGUCCAUCAGCUACUCUGCAACAUACAGCGAUUUCAAAAAUGGGCUGCAUAAUGGAUACAUGUUUCGCACUGUUCCAUCAGAUUUGUUUCGAGUAAGUGCUGGCCUUGAUUUUCUGAAAAAGAUGAAGUGGAACUAUGUUGGUGUAAUCAGCUCCUACAACUUUGAUGGCGAAAGAGAUGCAGAAAAAUUUGUUGAAAAAUUAUCCACUGCCGAUGCUUGCUUCGCUGAACACAAUGUAUUACCAGAAAUGCCAGAGAAAAAGGAUUAUGCUAAAGCCAUUGAUCAAAUGAACCUUGACAAAAGGUUAAAGGUCAUAGUCCUUUUUACAACAAACGAAGAUUCCCACCAAAUUCUAUCAGAGAUAAAAAACAAGAAGCUUGCCAAACGAUUUUAUAUCCUGUGCAUGUAUGGUUGCACAAACUAUGUUGAAGUUACUGAUGGUGUAGAAGACGUUGCCACGGGUGUGAUCAGUCUUGAUAUCCAUUAUUCAGAAGUGACUGGAUUCAAAGAGUAUUUCAUGAAACAAAAGCCGACUCCAGCAUCUCCUGAAUAUUUUAAGAAGUACUGGGAAAGUGUCUUCAAAUGCCAUUUAAAUCCAAGGAGAUCUGCGGGUUACUCUCGUACGUGUUCUGGAAAAGAACACUUGUCAGAAGAGCAUUAUCAUCCCUUGACACCUGUUGCAACAGUUGUCAACGCUGUCGGUGCCUUUGCUGACACAAUUCAGGCAAUGGCAUCAAUCGCUUGUAAUAGUGAACGAAGGCACAUGGAAAAUGAAAGCGAGUGUGUUCUAAAACCCGCAGAGACGCAUGUGUACAGUGGAUUUGCAAUGAAGAUAGCCAAUCGAGUGUCUAAUAUUACUCCUGAUGGGACGAUUCUUCAUCAAAACAAAUUGAUUACAGAUCAAAAGCAACAAGUCAGAUACGACUUCCAUCAAUUCGUGAAGGUGGAUGGGAAUUUCAAAAGAAAUUUUAUUGGGAGAUGGUCAAUAUCCUUGAAACCAAACGAUACUGCAAAAAGUGCGGAAGAAAUGUUGCAAAAAGAAAGACCAGUUUUGUAUUUCAACAAAGGAUGGAAAGUGGGACACAUGGCGAAGAAAAUGACAGCCAUUUGCAGUAGACCUUGUCCGGCAGGAUACAGCAAGGAACCAGAUUCGAACUUGCGAAGAGCAAAAUGCUGUUGGAGCUGCACAAGAUGCAUCAAAUGGGUGGAGCCAGAUAAUACUGUACUGGAGUAG